AUGUACAGACAAACUCUAACAACUAUGGCGGGACAUGAAGAUGCAGAACUAAUAAAUGCAACAAAUUAUAUUGAGGGUGGUUCACCUCAAUGGAAUGAAAUGAUUUAUGCAGAUAUAUCAGAAGAUAAAAUUCAAUCGGAGGAAAUUAUUUUUUUCAUUAUUGAUCAAAUUAGUGAUAAAAAAAUUGUUGAAUAUCAUUUACUAUGGAGAUGGUUAGUACCAUUCUAUGAAUACCAUUUAAAUUUACAAAAGACAUUAGCACAAACAUCUAAAACAAUUUGUUUGUACAUUUCAAUAAUGAAGAAACAAAGUUCUUUAUCAAAAGAAAAUAUUCGAUAUUUUGGUUUAGAAGCAUUAUUAAAUGGAUUUGAUGUAGCGGUUACAAAUAAUCAAUCAAUCUAUGCUGUUGCUCGAAUUGUACCUGAUAUUAAAUCUUAUAACUAUACAGUUUCAAAUCAAUGUAAAGAUCUAGUAUUCGAAGAUGCAUUAGAAAGUUUUGAUGAUGACGAUGAUAAUCAUGAAAAACCAUAUCUAAAUAAUAGACCAUCAUUACCAAAAACACAUGAAGAAUUCACAAAUGAUCUAGCUCAAUCAUUACUCGAAUGUCAACAAAUUACUCAACUUAUAUUUGAAAAUCGUCUUAAUGAAGCACUUAGAAAAACUAAAGAACAUUUAUUGCAUAGUUCAAUAAGUUUUAUGCAAGCUGGAAUGACAUUUAAUCAAGAUGAUAUUGAAGCAACAAUUCAAGCAUUACGUCAUACAACAAAUAUGGCGAAAAAAUAUGAACCAUAUCGACCAUGGAUAACAUUUAGUCUAACAUCGAAACCUGUCAUGACUGAAGAGGAAUUACAUGCUAAAUUAGUUUAUGCCGAAGCAUUACUUAUUCGAGCAUUAUUAACAUUUAUUCAAGAUCAAGGAUUAUUUAGUUUUAUAAGUGGUGCCUUAAAAAUUAAAGAAUGUCAUGAUCUAUUUGCGAAAUUAGCAAAAAAUAAUGAUCCGUCCAGAUUUUCAUCGACGAUAUCACACGAACAUUUUGAUAGUGGAGUUCGAAUGGGUAAUGGUGCAUUUAAUUUGAUGAUUGCUAAUCUACCACAACGAAUAAUACGUUGUCUGGAAUUUGCUGGUUUUUCAGGGGACAGAGACUUUGGCCUUAAAGAACUUGAGACAAGUGCAAUGAGUAAUGGUUUACGAGCACCAUUAUCAGCUUUAUUGCUUCUUGGUUAUCAUACAUUUGCUGCACAUAUAUUUGGAAAUAGUGAUGGUGAUCUUGAAAAAUCACAUAUGUUAAUUGAACAUUAUUUAAAAAGAAAUUCAAAUUCUUAUAUGUUUCUUGUUUUUCGAGCAAGACUUCAAACACUUCAUUGUCGACUUGAUGAAGCAAUUCGAACAUAUGAAUAUGCAAUUCGUUGUCAAAGUGAUUGGAAAAAUCUUCAUCAUAUUGCCUACUGGGAAAUACUUUGGUGUCAUGUACUACAACUUCAAUGGAAAGAAGCAUCUAAUAUGGCUCAAAUUCUUCUUAAAGAAAAUAAUUGGAGUAAAGCAACAUCUUGUUAUCUUUUAGCAACAUUUCAAUUUGAAGAUAAUAAUGCUCUUGCAACAGAUGAGAUAAUUCAAUUAUAUAAACGUGUACCAGAAUUAAAAAUUCGUCUGGCAGGUAAAUCAAUUCCAUUAGAAAAAUAUGCAAUAAAACAAUGUGAACAUUUUCUUGUACAAAAAUGGCUUUUCUUACCGGCAUUGGAAUUAGUUUAUCUUAUGAAUGGUUUUUAUAUACUUGCUCAUGAUUAUAACAAAUUACAAGAAGUUCUUAAUAUUGUUAAUAAUGCAUUAAAAGAUCUUGAACUUAAUCAUCAAAAUGAUCAAUUCUAUGCUGAUAGUUAUGGUUCUGGCCUAUUACUUCGUGGUGUGCUUCUUUAUUUUCUUCAUCGAUAUGAUGAAGCUCAUCAAGAUUUUGAUGAAAUAAUUACUAUGUCAAAACAAUUUGACGAAAAAUCUCUAUUACCACCGAAUGCAGUAUUCGAAAAAGCAAUGAUCUAUCUUGAUUUAAAACAAAAACAAAAAGCGAAUGAAUAUUUACAAAAGUCACUAAAUGAUUAUAAAGAUUAUCAACUAGAGUCUCGUCUUCAUUUUCGUAUAAAUGCAGCAAUGCAGACAAUGAAACAAAUGGAUAAUGAUUCAAAUAAAAAAACUAUUUUCAAUAAUAAAAAAACUAUGAUAUUUGAACAAGUACUUAAUUUUUUUUUAACAUUACUUGAAUGUUCAAAGUUUGAUUUAAUCUAUUUGGCAUGGUUAUGGACUUUAUUUAAACCAUUAUGUCUUUUAUUAUUAUUACUAUUUAUUUUACCAGCAGCUACACUUUUAUUUGUAUAUGGUUCAUCAUUAUUUUGUUUGAUAUAUAAACAUUGGAAUCGGUUAAAAGUAGAUGAUCUUUGGCAUGGUGCAUUGAAUUCAUUGGCUAUCUUAUGGGAAUUACAAGGAAGUAUAUGGCAUGGUUAUGAAGUCGAAGGAUUAGAGCACAUUCCUACAAAAGGGCCAGUUCUUAUCGUUUUUUAUCAUGGAGCAUUACCAAUUGAUUUUUAUUAUUUAUUUGCUAAAACUUGGCUUUAUCGUAAUCGACGUGUACAUGUUGUUGCUGAUAAAUUUGUAUUUAGAAUACCUGGUCUUGGUACUCUUAUUGAAGCAAUAGGAAUUCAACCAUCAACACCAGGAAUAUGCAAAUCAAUGCUUGAAGAAGGUCACGUACUUGCUAUUUCACCUGGUGGUGUUCGUGAAGCUCUUUUCAGUGAUCAUAAUUAUCGUUUAAUAUGGAAGGAAAGACGAGGCUUUGCAAAAGUUGCAAUUGAAUCUAAAGCUACAAUCAUUCCAAUGUUUACAAAAAAUUGUCGAGAAGCUGUACGUACUUUGACAUUUGGUCGUCGUUUUUUAAGAUAUAUUUAUGAAAAAACUCGAUUACCAAUUGUUCCAAUUUAUGGAAUGUUUCCAGUUAAAAUUAUUACUUAUCUUGGAGAACCUAUUCCAUAUGAUCCUGAUGUAACAGCAGAAAUUCUUGCUAUCCGAGUGAAAAAAGAAAUUGAAAAAUUGAUAGAAAUUCACCAACGACGACCGGGUAGUAUAACGCAAGCUAUUCUCGAUCGAUUUAGUUGUUUUUCAAUGAAAUGA